AUGCUUCUGACCAUGUGUCUUGCUUUCUCAUUUCCAGGCUGCUCUGCUGUAUGUGAACUUGUUGAUUUGACUCUGACCAUGCCUCUGACCAUGUGUCUUGCUCUCUCAUUUCCAGGACACCGACAAAGUCAUCCAAUCCGUAUGUGCUUGUUGAUGACUCUGACCAUGCUUCUGACCAUGUGUCUUGCUUUCUCAUUUCCAUGUGACAAAGUCAUCCAGUGUAAAGUGUGUGAACUUGUUGAUUUGACUCUGACUGCUUCAUGUGUCUUGCUUUCUCAUUUCAUGUUGUAUUGUACUGUUUACAUUAAUUUCACUGGUUUUCCUGAUGUUCUUGUGUUCACUUGUUAUUUAAUCCUAAAUCUAAGUCUAGUGUUCGCAGGUCUGGUUCAGUCCGGUUUUUUGCCCCAAAAACAGGCAACUGUGGACUGCAACCGGUCUAGGACCGACCCAGAUGUUGAGGGAACCGAACUGGACCACGUAGGGCCGGUCUUUUGUGGUCCAUGGACCGCGUUGAAACCAAUUCAGACUGGUUUUUUUGCGUAA